CCGAGCCAGGUUGCGGGCUGGGGCCUCUUCUCGCACGGCUCGAUCGAGCGGCAGGAGCUGGUGACCGAGUACGUCGGCGAGCUCGUGCCUAGACACUUCCGAGACACUUCCGAGACACUUCGCAAGUACCGCUUCAACCUCAACGCGGCGCAGGUGGUGGACGCCUGCCCGAAGGGGAACAUGUCGCGGUUCGCGAACCACUCGGACAAGGCGAACUGCGACACGAAGAUCAUGACCGUGCGCGGCGACCAGCACAUCGGCCUCUACGCCAAGGAGCGGAUCGGCCGCGGCGAGGAGAUCUUCUUCAACUACCGC